GCUACCUAGAAACCUGUGACACAACUGAACAGAAACAUCCAGAAGCGAAACAUAGCAGAUACAAACACCAAUGGAAAGACCUGAGGUCGAGGAUUAAUACCUCACCAGGACAGUUGCUUGAGAGACAAUGUGGGUGCGUGUCGGACAUGUUUUCCUCCUCACUUGGACUGUGCUGAAUGUCAGAGUUCAAAGCUUAAUCUGCACCAUCAGAAUUACAGCUAUAAAAAAUAAUUACAACUGUACAGUCCACAUCAUAGCAUCCACGGUAAACAGUCAAACAGUACAAAGGUGCUGUGAGUUCAGUAAAAUAUGCAACUAUAUGAAAGACAAAGAUAAAUGUGAAACGACAUGUUCAUGUUGCGGGCCAUGUCUUUCAUGCAACUGCACAAUUAUAUAUUUGCAAAUACCCUUUUUCAAAGGUAACUACAAAUGUACAGAUGACCGGUGUUCUUCCACUACCAAGACAACAGCCACUACUACUACUACCACCUCUAUAAAAACUACCCCUAAAACUACUGCUGCUACUCUUUCUUCAACUAUUGAAACAACUCCUGUACCCUUGACCACUCCUUCCUCUCCCCCCAUUACCUCACCCCCCUCUACUACACCUUCUCCAAUCCCAUCCACCAACACCUUUACAACUCCUGUCCUUACCACUACCACAACUCUCACUACUUCAGCCCCUCCUUCAGCUACCUCUCCUGAUCAGGGAGUCAGUCUUGCUGUGGAGAUUAAUCUGACAGCCUACACUGGGAUGAAAGUCUAUGUAUCUGCAACCAAGAUCUCAUUCAACAUUGCAGAGAUUUUGAACCCUGAACUCAAGGUGAACCUGCCCCCUGACCUUCUCUCAGGGCUAAAGCGUAGACAUGCCCCUGACAUGGUUAAGUUCAUCUUCUCUGUGUUUAAAACCUCACCACCAAAUUGGACUGUAGAGGGACAACUUGGUAAGAUUCUCUUUGGUAUUGAAGUUGAGAACAUAACCAUCUCUCACCUGUCAACACCAUUCAACAUGACCUUCAAACACAAAUCUGAACUACAGGAAAAAGAGAAUACAACGUGUGUCUACCACAACCAGAGUCGAGGUGAAUGGGUCAUUGAUGGCUGCCACACCCUGAGGCUCACUAACCAGACCAUCUGUAGCUGUGACCACUUCUCCUUUUUUGCCCUCAUGAUCCCUGAUGUGAAACUGAGUGAGGUCCAUGCCAGGACGCUGAGCGUGCUCACCUGUGUGGGCGGAGCCAUCUCUGUGUUCUUCUGUACCAUCACCUUACUGACACACUGCUUUCAGCAUUCACGGAAAUCUACUGACCAUGCCAUGCUGGUUCAUCUCCAGUUGGUGGCAUCUCUGCUGUUACUCAACCUGCUGCUGUUGGCCAGUGUGGGCUUGGCCUUUGUGGGCCCUGCAUAUAUGGCCCCUGGCCUGUGUCCUGCUGUGGCCGCCCUGCUGCACUACUCACUGCUCUGCUGCUUCACCUGGAUGGGCCUGGAGGCUCUGCAUCUGUACAGGCUGCUGGUCCUGGUCUACAACACCUACAUGAGACACUAUCUGCUGAAGCUGAGCCUGCUGGGCUGGGGUGUUCCUGCUUUGGUUGUAUCCAUAGUCGCCGCUGUCAGUACAGAUUUCUAUGGGCUGAAUAACAGAAUGUGCUGGAUCAAAGACUCUGGUGUGCAGUACGGCUCUGUUGUGGCUUACCUGAUAGUGGUCCUGCUCUUCAAUAGCACCAUCUUCGUCAUCGUCAUCACAACGAUGCUCAAGCUGCGCUCUGUCACAUCGCCGCAGGGGAAGAGACAGAGCCGCAACAUCACCUGCAGCGUUCUGGGGCUGACCUGCAUCCUGGGCCUCACCUGGGGGAUGGGCUUCUUCUCCAUGGGCUACACCAACUACAUCAUCCUCUACAUCUUCACCAUCCUCAACUCACUGCAGGGGUUCUUCCUGUUCCUAUGGCUCUGUGUUAAGAGACUGCGGGGGGCAGAGCAGAGUUCCAUGACAACUGGACAGAGCUUAAGCACCCACAUUCUCUCCGUUGGAAGCGAGGUCUGGCCCUCUUCUGGAAGAACGAGGCAGUCAGUGCCUCAAGAGGGAGCAAUUGCUGACAAUACAUCUAAGUUCUGACCAAAAGCUCACUUUAGUUUGUGAUGCUUUAGCUCACUGAGCUGAAAGUAAAUCUACAAAUGGAAAUGAAGAACCGUGAA